AUGAUGCAGGGGGGGAUGGGGCGUAUGUACAACGACCUAGGGGGGUACCACUCGGCCGCAUGGGGGUCCACUGCCGUUGGUAAUCCAGGUCUCCAACAGCUUUUCCCUCGUUUGGUGUGUGCCCCGCGUCUACGCCGCAGACGGGAGACGAAGACGGCGGCUAAGCGCCACUAUGGCACUCUAGGCCAGACCAACGUGCGGAUCCUCGGACGAGCAGAUUUCACGUUCCUCGUCCAACCAGAACCAGAAACGACGGCGGGGUUUGGCUCAGCUGUUGCAUUCGUGUGUACCCUGCCCAUGACCCACGCCACGGCAGAAUGA